AUGUAUUUAUCUUUGUUAGUUCUACCAUUGGUAGCAGUAGCUUGUCUGGGGAACAGCGAAUUUCACCCCAAGUAUAAAAGAGACACAGCAGGUGAUGAAUUGGCACCCCGUAGAUAUAUUGUGGAAUUAAAUGACUCUCCAGAUAUCACCGUCGAUUCAUUUAUUCGUUUCACAAACGCAUAUCAUGCAGAUAAUGUCAAUAUUCAUCGAACCGUCUCACACAAAUUUUUAAAUGCCAUUUCUAUUGGAAUUAUAGAAGAUAACAAAGAGAAAGAGCAUGAGACAUUGAUAAACAUUAUGGAUCAUUUGCAUGUCAAAACCGUUUCUCCUGUCCAAAUAAUUAGACACAAUCAGAUUAAACAAACUGCACAAGACUUUCCCAAUAAUUUUUCUGCCGAACAAGUACAAUUAAUCUCCCCACAUCGAUUAUCCCAAGUUGACAGGGUCCAUAAUGAAUUAAAGUUAAAUGGCGAAGGCAUAUUUAUCGGCGUAAUUGAUACAGGCGUUGAUUACAAUCAUCCAGCUUUAGGUGGGGGAUUCGGUCCAGGGUAUAAAAUCGAAGCUGGCUAUGAUCUUGUUGGUGAUAAUUAUAAUGCAAGCGAUCCUCUUUCUUUUAAACAAGAAAGUCCAUACCCAUAUGAAAAUUGCCCCAAGGAUUCUCGUAGUAGUGGUCAUGGGACACACACCACUGGCAUCAUAGGUGGUUUCGACCCGACAAAUAAUUUUUCUGGCGUUGCACCAGGAGCUAGACUUGGCCACUGGAGAGCCUCAGGUUGUGACGACGUUUCCGGAUCCGACGUUUUUAUUGAAGCUUUAACCAUGGCCUACGACGCUGGUGUCGAUAUCAUUAGUAUCAGUUCUGGUAACUAUGUACCGUGGAGCUCACCUGAUAGUAUAUUUAGUAAAGUGAUAAAUAAAAUCUCGGAAAACGGUGUUAGUGUUGUCGUCGCGUCGGGUAACUAUGGAGCAGGAGGUGUUUAUACGACAGGAUUUCCCAGUAAUUCAGAAGCAGCGUUUUCGGUUGCCUCGAUAGGUAAUGAAUACAAAACUAGCAGUUGUGCUAUUACAUGUGGUCUUUCUAUAUAUGUCAAUACUACAACCAGAAGCUCGGAGCCGUUGAAAGAUGGCUAUUUUGCGGUUGCUAACGAAGAAUAUCGUAAUGCAUGUUUUAAUGUCUCGGAAAGUGUAAAAGGAAAAAUCGCCAUCACAGCUAUUGAAAAAGAUGUGUGCGGAAAUGACUUGCAGAUCAAACAUCUUCUUAAAGCAGGCGCUAUCGGUGCAAUCUUUGUCGAUUUUUCAAACGAUCGAUAUCUUGACCAAGUUGAAAAUAAUUCGACACUCUCAGUUGUUGUUGUUUCCCAGAAAAAUGGUUACAAGCUUUUAAAUAGCUUUAGAAGAAACCCAGAUAUGCUCUUAAAGUUCUCUUUUAAAAAAUCCGAAGCUUAUCUUUUUAAAAAUGAUAGAUACGCAUCAACGGCUUCUGAAUUUACUAGUGUUGGACCUACCGCCGAACUAUAUUUUGGCCCUCAGAUUGCAGCUGUAGGAGAACAAGUCUAUUCCACCAUACCAAUUAAUCAGGGUUCCUGGAAAUUAUUAAGUGGUACAUCCAUGUCCUGUCCGUAUGUUGCUGGGUCGAUUGCGUUAUACCUGCAACACCAUGGUGUCAAUAAAACACGCCCUAGAAGAAUUGUUCAUGAAAUGUUUCAAAACUAUGCAUUUCAACCCAAUAUCGGAAAUAGCACCAGUGGAAUACUUGACAAUCCUCUUCGUGUUGGUGCUGGUGCAGUUCAGGUCUAUGAUGCAAUUACCCAAGUAACUCAUAUUACCCCAGCUCAAAUCAGUUUUAAUGAUACAUCAUCGACGGAUUAUAAGACACAAACAUUGACCAUUACAAAUAAUGGAUUGCAUGAAUUAACAUACCGAAUUUUCAAUAAUGUCUCUGUCACUAUCACACCUUACAAUCGGGCGUAUACAGGGUAUAGGUUGCUUCCUAAUGCACCCAGUGUUACCUCCAUGUCUGCUACUCUUGAUCUAUCAGAAGAAGAGGUCCAGCUCGGUCCUGGUCAAAGUAAAACCAUUUCAGUCACUGUACAACCACCAAAUGCUGACCCGCUUGAUCAUGUAAUGUAUGGCGGGUUUAUUCAGUUCUAUCCAAUCAACAGCCAAAAGGCUAAAGCUUUACAUGUUCCUUAUUUUGGUGUUGUGGGUAUUCAGCGUGAUAUUCCCGUGUUUGUGCCAGAUGAAGCCGGAUUUCAUGUGAUAGUGGGACCAAAUGCAACGAAAUAUUAUUGUAACAGCACAAUUACUUUCAAAGCAAAGCAGAAAGUAAAAGCUAGCAUUAUGUACAGUUUAUUAUUACCUACGUUGAUCUUGAAAGGUGAGGUUUUGUCGAAUGGCCGUGUUCUAGGAGACUUUAUGAGACCUCUUACGUAUAAAACACAAACACUUAGUGUUAAUCCUGCUGAUAUCUUGACAUGGAAAGGGGAUUAUUACACGGGCAUAGAGAAUGAUUUCCUACAUUCGAAUCCAGUUGCGCUACCUACUGAAAAUCGGGUUAUUCUUGGUAAAGGGAUUUAUCAUUUACGUGUGAGUGCGUUGAGAAAUUUUGGCAAUGUGAAUGAUGAAAAUGACUGGGAUUCAUUUACAGCAGGCCCUUUUGUGUUACAGUAG